CGCUGUGGGAUAGUGGUACUAUAAAGUAUAUCCUCUCUCGGAGAAAGAUAAGAAGCCCGAGACAGGAGGGGGAUGAAGAUGGCGGACGCCAAGCAGAAGAGGAAUGAGCAGUUAAAGCGAUGGUUAGGCUCGGAAACGGACCAGGAGCCUCCUAUUCUGAAAAAGAAGAAGACGAAGGUGAAGUUCGAUGAUGGCGCCGUGUUUCUGGCCGCCUGCUCAAGCGGCGAUACCGAGGAGGUGCUCCGAAUGCUUGACCGGGGCGCUGACAUCAACUACGCCAAUGUAGACGGUCUGACCGCCCUCCACCAGGCAUGCAUAGAUGACAAUGUUGACAUGGUGACUUUCCUGGUGGAGCAUGGAGCCAGCAUCAACCAGCCUGACAACGAGGGCUGGAUCCCCCUCCAUGCUGCAGCCUCCUGCGGAUACCUAGACAUAGCAGAGUAUCUCAUUAGCCAGGGUGCCAAUGUAGGAGUUGUGAAUAGUGAGGGUGAGACACCUCUGGACAUUGCUGAAGAGGAGGCAAUGGAGGAGCUGCUACAGAAUGAGAUCAACCGACAAGGGGUGGAUAUCGAGGCAGCCCGGAAAGAGGAGGAGCGGAUCAUGCUGAGGGACGCCCGGCAGUGGCUCAACAGCGGCCAGAUUCAAGACGUCCGGCAUGCCAAGUCUGGAGGAACGGCGCUCCACGUAGCUGCUGCGAAGGGAUACCUUGAGGUUUUAAAGCUUUUAAUCCAAGCAGGGUAUGAUGUAAAUAUUAAGGACUAUGAUGGCUGGAGUCCUCUACAUGCAGCCGCACACUGGGGCAAAGAGGAGGCAUGUAGGAUACUGGUGGAGAAUCUAUGUGACAUGGACCUCGUUAAUAAAAUGGGCCAGACAGCUUUUGAUGUAGCAGACGAGGACGUUCUGGGAUACUUAGAAGAACUACAAAAGAAACAAAAUCUGCUGAUGAGUGAGAAGAAAGAUGUUAAGAAAUCUCCUUUGAUUGAAACGACAACCACCGGGGAUAACAACCAGUCACUGAAGCCACUCAAGAGCAAAGAAACGCUGCUUCUGGAGCCAGAAAAGAGUGCCCCACGCAUCGAGACCUUAGAACCGGAGAAGGUGGAUGAAGAAGAGGAAGGGAAGAAGGACGAAUCAAGCUGCUCGAGUGAAGAAGAGGAGGAAGAAGAUUCAGAGUCGGAGACUGAAGCAGAAAAGAGCAAGCCUUCAGCUUCAGUGAGCAACAGCACAGCGCCCACCCCAAGCAGUAUCACCGUGUCAUCUCCAACUAGCCCCACCAACCAGGUCACAACCCCCACUUCACCGGUAAAGAAGGUCACUCAGCCUGCUGGAAAGGUCUCAACUAAAGUGGAGGAGGAGAGGAAGGACGAGUCUCCAGCGUCGUGGCGUCUAGGUUUGAGGAAGACGGGCAGCUACGGGGCACUGGCCGAGAUCACGGCCACCAAGGAGGCUCAGAGGGAGAAGGAUACAACUGGGGUGAUGCGCUCAGCCUCGAGCCCUCGACUCUCCUCUUCCCUGGAUAACAAAGACAAAGAGAAGGAAAAGGACAAAGGAACCCGGCUUGCCUAUGUGGCCCCCACCAUCCCCAGGAGACUGGCCAGUACUUCAGACAUUGACGAGAAGGAAAACAGGGACUCUACUGCUCUGAUACGUAGCGGCUCCUACACCCGGCGACGCUGGGACGACGACCUGAAGAACAGCGAAGGAAGCGCAUCUACCAACCGAACCCCCAGCUACCAGCGCAGCACGUCCCAUACGCUAGCGCUAGGGCGGAGCGGCAGCACGCGGGACGUGCCAGCCAAGUCUUCGUCCACCUCCAGCUUGGACCCUAACACCUGUAAUACUAAACCCUGGCAGCCACCCACCUCCCACUACCAGUCUUACAGCAUUUACCGCAGCGGCUCUUUUGGCAGAAGACAUGAAGACUUGAGCUCCUCGACCACAUCCUCCUCCACGACCACCACCACCUCCUCAUCUGUUACCUCGCCCACUGGCCAUCGUGGCCUGCUCUCCAGCCUGGGCUCCUCUUCCACACGCACUGGCUCCACCAGUCUCACCAGCAGGUACUGGUCAGAGGAGAGUGCAGAGAGGGAGAAGGAGAAGGAAUCUGCUGCGGUCAUCCCUACUAUAAACACUGGCUCUACUACGACCACCACAUCUACCACUACCACCGCCAUAUCUACCACUACCACCACCACUGGCACUGUCACCGGCUCUGAAAGACGCAGGUCAUACCUGACGCCAGUGCGAGACGAGGAGUCAGAAUCCCAGAGGAAAGCUCGCUCCAGACAGGCUCGACAGUCGAGGAGGUCCACUCAGGGUGUGACUCUGACUGACCUGCAAGAGGCUGAGAAAACAAUCGGCAGGAGUCGCACUACAAAGACCCGCGAGGAGGAAAGAGAGGAGAAAGAGAAGCAGGACAAGGAGAAGCAGGAGGAGAAGAAGGAGACGGAGACCAAGGAGGAUGAUUACCGAUCGAAGUACCGCAGCUUCGAAGAGCGCUACCGGCCUUCAUCUUCCUCCUCCACCUCUGCCAUUUCCACAGUCAGCACUGCCUCCACCCCAUCCUACUCUAGCACCACAUUGUCCUCCAGCUCCCUCAACAGGCCUAACAGUCUGACGGGGAUCACCUCCUCCUAUAGCCGUUCCUCCAGAGAUACAGAAAAAGAAGCGGACAAAAAGGAGGAGGAGAAGGAGGGAGAGGACAAGUCUCAGCCCCGCUCCAUACGGGAUCGCAGGCGGCCCCGCGAGAAGAGACGCUCCACUGGGGUCUCCUUCUGGACCCAAGAUGGUGAUGAAAAUGACCCUGACCAGCAGUCUGACUCAGAGGAGGGCAGCACCAAGGGAGAGUCACAGAGUGACAGAUUGUCCAGGAAUGAGAGCACUUCAUCCUUAGAUCGCAACGACACUCUUUUUAGCCGUAGCUAUGGUGAGAGUCGAAGGCCAUACUCGAGCCGACUGGAUCGAGACGACACCACUGAUUAUAAAAAGCUCUACGAGCAGAUCUUAGCUGAGAACGAGAAGUUGAAGGCCCAGUUACGUGACACAGACCUGGAGCUGGCAGACUUGAAGCUACAACUAGAGAAGGCCACACAGAGGCAGGAACGCUAUGCUGACCGAUCACAGCUUGAGAUGGAGAAAAGGGAAAGAAGAGCUCUAGAAAGGAAGAUUUCUGAGAUGGAGGAGGAACUUAAGAUGCUCCCAGACUUGAAAGCAGACAACCAGAGACUAAAGGACGAGAACGGAGCACUCAUUCGAGUCAUUAGCAAGCUUUCCAAGUAGAACAGGACCCCCCCCCCCUCCCUUCUACCCCCGCCCCGUCUUCUGCACCCCCUAGUCCCCCAUGGCAGUGACUAAUGGAAUUGCACAUUUAGAUAUUAAUUGCAACAGACAUCAGAGACAAGACUCCUUUUUUUUUUCUUUUUCUCCUCCCAACUCUUUAUCUCCCUUUUGCUCCUCCACCACCGCAGCAUCCACCCAUCCACCCACCCAUCCAUUCAUCCAUCCAUCCAUCCAUCCACCCACCCUUGCGCCACCUCCUCGACUAUAAUCCACUAGAUUGUGUGGCUGCUGUCCUGAUAGAACCACUGAGUUUACAGAGCAAAAGGAAAAGGGUUGUGUGAGCAGCAUGUAAAAGCAUUGUGGGCGGGGAAGCCUGAAAACUAUUUAACCAAUAAGCCUUAGUUGUACAUAAAGAGAAAAAAAGAAAAACACUUGCAUCGAUCUCUUCUCUCUCUCGGCUAUCACUGAAGAACAGAUAUUAUCCAACACCUGAUUUUAUUUGUGCCACAAUCUCUCUUAUUUGAUGUAAUUUUUCUUUUUUGUUUCCUCCUCCUGUGUAAGUGUUGUGUGCUGUGCAGUUUCCUCCCCCCCUCCCUCCCUCGCUCCCUCCCUCGCUCCCUCCCUCGCUCCUUCCCUCGCUCCUUAACCGCCCUUAAAGUGCCACUUUUGCCCCAUAUCAGCUCCUCGUGGCCCCCAUCUUUCUUCCCUUUCCGUUUUUUUUUCCCCCUCGUCCCACACACAGAUCACCGAUGCACACACACACUCGCCCACCUUCCUCCCCAUUUUUUUUUUUUGUACCUCUGUGUGUCUUCCUCCAAGAGGGAAAAAUUUUUGAAUUCUCGCUUUAGCGAAACGAGGCGGACCUGGUGGAAUUUAAGCUUUCACUGUAUGUGCAAUAUGCAUUUCUUUUUUUUUUUUUUUUAAAUGCUUUAAUGAUGAGUCCAUCACAAGUAGGAUUUUUCACUCUUCCACCGCUUCCAUCGCUCACCUUCCUCCCCUCUUUUUUUUUGUUUUAAGUUUGUAGUGUAGUCAGUUUAUACUCUGUAUUUCUCACUUUGUUUUAGCAGGUACUGAGUGAUGCUGUAUAUACCUGUAUGUAUUUGUUUGAGACCAGCACAUGGCAUGCGUUUAUGGUUCCCGUCUGUUACUAUUAAAAGUAUACAAAUUCCAGAGGACAAAAAGGUGUGUUUUAAUUAUUUUUCUUUUAUAGUCUAAAGACAUUGGAUACAGUACAGUAGAGCCUCUCUCUUACACGGGAUGGCUGACAGUGUUCAGUGCUUUACUUUCCAGUUUAAAAUAAGUGUUCACAUAAUUGUGAGAUUUAAAAAAAAACAAAAAAAACAAUAAUCGCUUCACUACAUUUCACUUUCAUUGUAUUCAGUAUCUUGGAAGAGUGCUGUUAAUUUUGUUUCCAAUUUUUUAAAGCUGUA